AUGUCUUGGCGCAACCAGGGCAUCACCGGCUCGAACAACAUUCCGCUUGGAAAUCGUCGUCGCUUCGGCGGUGAUGACGCUGAUGAUGGAGGUUACAAUCCUGCAGCGCCAGCGGAAGGUUUGUCUGAGCUGAAGCGCGGUCGCAGCCCACAGCGUGACCCCGAUGGUCCCCGACAGCGCAAGAAGCGCAAUCGAUGGGGCGAUGCCAGUGAGAACAAGGCUGCUGGCUUGAUGGGCUUGCCCACUGCCAUUUACAGCGCCAUGACUACUGAGCAGCUCGACGCUUACACCCUGCACUUGCGCAUUGAGGAAAUUACGCAGAAGCUCAAAAUUAACGAUGUCGUGCCAGCCGACGGUGAUAGGUAUGUGUUCCAGUUCGAUUACGAUAACUUUGGUCGCCGUGUCAACACCCGCGAGUUCCGCUACCGCAAGCGCCUCGAAGAUGAGCGCCAUAAGCUGGUUGAGAAGGCGAUGAAGACGCUUCCCAACUAUCACCCGCCUGCCGACUACAGGCGCCCUACUAAGACACAGGAGAAAGUCUACGUUCCGGUCAAUGACUACCCGGAGAUUAACUUCAUUGGCCUCCUCAUCGGCCCUCGUGGAAACACGCUCAAGAAAAUGGAGUCCGAAUCGGGCGCUAAGAUUGCUAUCCGUGGCAAAGGCUCCGUCAAGGAGGGUAAAGGACGUUCUGACGCCGCUCACACCAGCAAUCAGGAGGAGGACUUGCACUGUCUGAUCAUGGCCGAUACCGAGGAGAAAGUGAACAAGGCAAAGAAGCUCAUCCACAACGUUAUCGAGACCGCUGCCUCCAUUCCUGAAGGCCAGAACGAACUCAAGCGCAACCAGCUCCGAGAGCUUGCCGCACUCAACGGUACCCUUCGAGACGACGAGAACCAAGCCUGCCAAAACUGUGGUGAAAUCGGUCACAGGAAAUACGACUGUCCACAGAAGCAGAAUUUCACGGCCAGCAUCAUCUGUCGUGUCUGUGGUCAGGCUGGACACAUGGCCCGCGAUUGUCCUGACCGCAAGGUCGGGUCAACCGUGGGCGCAAUGACGGGCCGCCCCGGGUUCGUAUUGGAGGUGCUCCUGGAGAACGAGCUCGACGCGUUCAUGGCCGAGAUGGGUGGUGGUCAGCCUCGUGCCGCUAUCGAAUACAGCAAUGGCGGAGGUGCAGACAACUCUGCUGGCGCAGAGCGAACUCUCAAACCCUGGGAACGUGGUCCGACUGGCGGCGCUGCACCCUGGGCUCGCAACGACCGCGAUGGCGGUGACCACAACUCUGCUGCUGCUGCUCCUCCUCCUUGGGCUGGCGGCGGAGGUGGGUGGUGGUAG